AUGUAUGCUUAUGUUGAAUUAUCGAAUAUAGCAAGAACAGAUUCUAUAAUUCAAUCAUUAUCAUGGAUGAGUUAUAUAUCUACACCACCUUCAUCAUCAUUAAAUAUUUCAACUGAUGAAAAUGAUGUUAAUAAUAUAAAUAAUAAUAAUGAUGAUGAAGAUCCAAAUCAUUCAAUUCCAUCUACACCACAACAAACAAUUAAUUUACAUGAUGGAUGGUUAGCAACAGGUAAUACAAAUCAUAUUGUUAGUGUAACAUAUACAUCAGUAAGACCCGAUGAAUAUGUGUCUAUACCUGAUCGAACAAAUUUUAAUUUACGUGCACAUCGUACUGAAGUUUGUCUUGUUUCAUGGAAUGUACCAUUUCAAAAAUUAGCAACUGUUGAUGAGAAGGGUGUUAUUUUUGUUUGGGUUAAACAUGAUAAUCGAUGGUCAUUAGAAUUAAUUAAUGAUCGUAGUCAUCCGGUUAUUGAUAUGUCAUGGUCACAUGAUGGACGUAUGACUGUUAUUUGUUAUGAAGAUGGUUUUGUUCUUGUUGGUUCAGUAACUGGACAACGUUAUUGGUCAACGGUUGUAAAUACACCUCAAGCAAAAAUAUCUGCUGUUACAUGGAUGCCUGAUGUUUCACAUGUUAUUCUUGGUACAACAGCAGGAAAUUUAAUUUUAAUGGAUCAUCAUGGUAAUACAACGGAAGGGUUUUCUCUAUCAACACAAUCAAUAACACAAUUAAUGUAUUCUUGCAAUAAAUUCUAUCCUGAAGCACCUGAUAAUAAUGCAACAAAAUUUGUUAAUGAUGAUUAUAUUCUUGCUUGUAGUCUUGAUAAUGGUCAAGUACUUUUUCUUAAUAAUUAUCAAGAUCAAUCACCAAUAUCUGUUAAUACUGAACUUCAAAAUAUCAAAAUGGAUUGGUCAUCACCUGGUGAAAUACUUGCUGUUGGAGGUCAUAAACGUUUAAAUGAUUUAAAUUAUAUAAAUCAAAUUAUAUUUUAUUCUCGUCGAGGAGAAUUUUUACAUCGUGUUCAUAUUCCACAAAUGACACAACCCUUAUCUGCUUUAUGUUGGGCUCAUGGCAAUGAUAUUAUAUUUGCUGCCUGUGGUUCAUAUGUUUAUACAAUCUGGAUAACACAUAAAUCUCUCCCGUCCAUGUUAUCAUUAUGUCAGAUGAAAAUAAAAGAAUGUCUAUUAAAUAAUUCUUUACAAAAUCUCGAUAAAUUAUAUUUACCAAAUAAUUUAAAACAAAAUCUUCAUAAUUCUUAUCGUUCAACAAUAAAAGGUUUUUUACCUGAUCAAAAAUCUCUACGUUCAUUCGUAUGUAAUCCAUUAAAAUCUCAUCUCCGUUUACAAUGUACAAUGAAACGUAUUGAUAAUGAAUCAGAAAAUUCGUCAACAGUUCCAUCAACAACAACAACGACAACAAAUUUAUCUGGUGCGACUUAUGUUUUAUAUUUAGAAUACCUUGGUGGACUUAUACCAUUAUUAACAGCUAAACGUGUAUCAAAAAUUUGUCCAGAUUUUAUCAUAUUUGAUCCACAAAUAAAAACAAAUCAUUUAUCAUUAUCAUCAUCAUCAAAAAUUUCUUCACAAAAAAAACAUUUUUCAUCAUUUAAAUCACGUUCAAAUACAUUUCAUAAUAUGACAUCUGUACAACAACAAACUAAAUUAUUGAAUAAUAAUCGUACAAGUUUAAUUACAAAUAGAAAUUCUAUCUAUGUAGCAGAAAAUGGUGUUAAUAGUAAUGGAGAUGAUUUAAUAACGAAUAAAAGUAGUUCAGGUUGUAGUUCGGAAAAUGAUUCAGAUUUAGAACAAGAUGAUGAAGAACAACAACAACAAUUAAAUCUUACAAAAAAUAAUUUACAAGUAAAACCUUCAAGAAAAAAAACCAAAACAUCGAAAAUUGUUAAACAUAAACACAAUAAUAAAUUAUGUACAAUAGCCGCGAAUAUUUGGGGUACACGUUUUAAAUUCUAUGGUCAUUCAAAUUGUUUACCAGAAAUUCUCGGAAGUGUUACAUAUAAAACAUCAUUUUUACAUUUACAACCUCGACAAAUGACUGUAACUGUUGCUAAUAAUUAUAAUAAUCAUCGAAAACAAAUUUCAACAUUUAAUAAAAUUAAAAAUGAUAAACUUUUAAAACCAACUAUACGAAAAACUAAACAACAAAUACGUAAUAAAAUCGAUGAAGAAGAAGAUGAUGAAACGAUGAUAGCUCUUUCAUCAUCAAAACUAAAUAUUGCUGCAAAUAUUCCUAUUGCUCCAAUGUCACCACAAUUACCAAAUGUUCGUUCAUCAUUACCUUUAUCUCAACAACAACGUUCAUCGUCUUUACAUGAAUCAAAAUAUUCAGCUCAUACAAAAAUAUCAUCAAAUCUAUCUCAUCGUUUACAACGUACAUCUAUAACUACUCAACAACAUAAUCGUCAUCGACAAAUAAAUGCUGAUUCAUCAGCUGCAAAUUCAUCUUCAACAUCACCCAUUAAUUUAAGUCGUUCAACAUCACCAGCAGCUUCAAUAGCUAAUUUUAUUCGUCCAAUAUCACCUCCAUGUAUACAAGUUAAAGAACCAUUAUCACCAAAAUUUUCUCGUGCAUCAUCAACAAAUGUUACAAAUCAAUUAUUAAAUGAUCGUCAUCGUUCACCACCUAUACUUGUACCAUCAAUUGUAAAUAAUAUUGAUGCAUCAACAGCAAGUGCAACAACAACAUUAUUAAUUGAUGAUUCAUCUGGUUAUGAUAGUAGUGAAAAUCAAAAUAAUCGAACAAAUAAUCUGAUUAUUUCAACUAAUCCAACAUCAUCAAUUAUAUCUACUGUACCAGAAAGUUGUUUUGAACCUGAAACAUAUAGAAAUUUAUAUCCAUUUAAUAGUAAUCAACAGAAAAAAUUAAGUUUAAGUGAUCCAACAUUAAAUCAAACGACGAAACUUCCACGUCAUUCACAACAAAUAACAACAAAUACAAUAAAUUCACAUGUAUCAACAUCAUCUUUACAAAGACAAAUAUCAAAUGAAGAUGAUGAUAUUCAAACGGAUGAAGAAAUAACAAAUUUAAAUUCAUAUGAAGAUAAUUUACCUAAAGAAAAAUUAACGACGAAUCGAAAUAAUUCUCGUAAAAGAUAUUCAAGUCCUCGACAUCGUAUGAUGACAUGUACUAGUGGAACAAAUGAUUCUUUAACAAGAUUAUUACCUUCAUCUGAAUCGGAUCAAUUAAUAAAUCGAACCGAUAAUCAAAAUCAUACACCAUUUUAUGUUAUGCAAAAUCGACCACCCCUGUGGAAUGAACAAUCACAAGUAUAUCAAUUAGAUUUUGGUGGACGUGUCACACUUGAAUCAGCUAAAAAUUUUCAAAUUGAAUUUAAAGGAAAACAGGUUAUUCAAUUUGGUCGUAUUGAAAAUAAUUGUUAUACACUAGAUUUUGAAUGGCCCUUUUCACCAUUACAAGCAUUUGCUGUUGCUCUCGCUAAUAUAACACAACGACUUAAAUAA